UAUUGUAGAUCUUUCGCGAUACCAUGUUAUAUUAUAAAUAUUUCAAGUUAGCGUAAAACAGACGAACUUGUGCUUAUAAUAAAGAAUCAAAUAAUACGUAGAGUGAAAAGCAAACGUGUAUGUGUUUGAGGCGAUUGAGUCUUCAGGUUUCCCAAAAUGUUUGAUAACAUCAACAAUAUAUUAGGGUCAAUUAACUCAGACGAAGAAGGAGGGAUUAAGGAGCAAGAUAGGUUAUUGCCAAUAGCAAAUGUGGGGAGACUUAUGAAGCAAAUUCUUCCUCAAAAUGCCAAGAUUUCGAAAGAGGGCAAAGAAACAAUGCAAGAAUGUGUAUCUGAAUUCAUUAGCUUUGUUACUGGAGAAGCUUCGGAUAAAUGUCACAAGGAGAAGCGCAAGACAUUGAAUGGAGAUGACAUUUGUUGGGCUAUGGGAAGUUUAGGAUUUGAUGAUUAUGUUGUGCCUUUGAAAAGGUAUUUGCAUAGGUAUAGAGAAUUAGAAGGAGAAAAAGCUAACCAAAAUAAGGUUGCUGCUGGCAACAACAUUGAAGAAAGGCAGAAUAAUGAACAUUGUAAUCUCCAGGGAAGUUUUUAUGGUCCUUAAGAUUUGUCAAAUGACAAUAACUUUCUAGCUUGGUGCUUGAUUAAGCUUAGAUUUUCUCCACUCUUUAUUUUUAUUCUUAGAGAAAGUUUUUACUCUAGCAUGUGAAAUAUUCUCUGUUAGUGAUUAUGGCAUCAUCUAAUUUUUAUGGUUGUGGAAUAUUAUUUUGAACAAGUAAUAACCUUCUGUCUGAUUCAUGUACGUUGGUUUCACACUUGGCUAGUUGGUCAUGGUUCUUGAUUGAGCUAGAAUACACUUUUUUAAUUUUAAUUUUUUUAACAUACAGCCCCCCAUUUGGUACUUGCAUUGAUUACCAAAAUUUUACAAAAGGAGGAUAUGACCAUGUCUCCAAAUACAAGUACCGCCUUAACUUUCGUUUUUAGACCAUUGUAUGAAGUAAUUACUUCAAGCUCAGUCCAAGACUCAUGGAGGUAAGCACAAAUUCCUUCACUUGCCAUGUCAUCUUCAUUUGGUACAGCUAUCUAUCUAUUGAGACUUGUUUAAUUACAUUCAACUUGAACAGACGCUACAUGAUUUAAGUAGGAUAUUUUAAUUUUUUGUAUUGGCUUUUGCUUUAUGUUUUAUUGGCGACUAACAAUAUUA